AUGCCUUCGCUGGUCCAAAGCUAUGAUAUUUGUCUCGACAUCGUCAACGACAUGCACGACUCGGUGUCCGUCCAACUAUUGCGAGACUAUGGUCGGACUGGAGGCGCCGUGGUUCUUCUUCAACCCACAGAAUCGGUCACACUCGUCCUGGAGUCCGGCUCAUCAUAUCGAUACGCAUUCAAAUCUCGAACCAGAGUGGCCAAUGUGACGUAG